UGGAAUGAUUUUCUAAAUCUUUUGGUUUGUGAAUGAGGUAUUUCAGAUUUUCCUCAAUUUUUUCAUUCUUUUGAUUUUGUUUUAUAAUUUCCUGCUGCCUUGUGAAGUUCCUUGCUUCUAAUUAUUGUAUUCUGGUUUUUAAAGACUGAAUUUUAUCCAUGGCUCUUUGGCCAUCCUCCUUCUGGUCUGAUUUUCUUUGGAGGUCAUCUUUCAUCUUCUUGCCUCAUUUUCAAGCUGAUUAAUUUUGGAUUUCAAGACACUAUUUUCUGUUUCCAGAUGACUUAUCUUGCUUUUUAUGUUCUUUCCCCAGUUGUCUUCAGUCUCUCUUAAUUGUGUUUUGAAUUGUAUUUUCAGUUCUUCCAAAGUCUUUGUCCAAUUUGUUGGAGUUUCUGUGUUUUUGCUUGGUGUUCCUUGAUCUUCCUCUGUUACAUUUGCUCUUUGUUCCUUGCCAGGAUAGAAGCUGUCAAUUGUAAUUUCUUUUUUCUGUUGUUUGCUCAUAUUUCCCCCUUCUCCUUUUCCCCCCUCCCCUCCCCCGUAGUUUCCUAUGGUCUUGCUCCUCUCAUUAUGUGCUGGAUCUGUGGGUUUUGUCUUUUCUGCCAGCCUUCAUCCUUAGAGCUUAGCAAGACUCUCAGAGCAGUCUGUGUGGGACGGGUGUUGGAGUUUGAGCUUCCCUGCCCUUCAAAGGCUUGAUAAGAUUAAUCCCAGUGCUAUAUGGAUUGUCUCAGCUACAAUUGGGCUACCUUCUUUGAGGUUCUCCUCCAGCUGCCUCCCAGCCACCCAUGUUCCAAGCCUUGAGCCUGGCACAGAUUUGCCCAUAGGGUAUUACCUCCUGACUAGCACCCUUGCCUGCCCAGAGAUUCCAGGCACUGCUGGAGGUUCAGUACUAUAGGUGGGGAAGGGGUCCUAGGGCCUUCCUUCUUCCUUCCCCUUAAACUCAAAACUUCUCAAAUUCAGGCUUUUGGGGGGUGUACCUUUUAAGUUGAGUCCCACAGGAAGGUUCCUUAGCUCUGUCCUUUUGUUAGCUUUGUUUUUUAGUCCCCUAGGAGCAUUUGUUUUUUAAUUGGUGAGGAAGGGUUUUCUGAGGUCUGAAUUUUCACUGCCUCUCUGCUGCCAUCUUGACUGCCCCCUGGUGAGUUUCUAAGAAUCUUCUAGUGGACCUUUUAUCAUUUAAAUAUUUCUAAGAUUUUUACUAAACAUUAUCAUUCAAGUUUCAGAAGCCAUACCAAAGCUCCUUUCUAGGUAGGAUUCAUCCUUUUCUGUUCUCCUCUCAAAGUAAAAGUGCUACUUCUCUCAUUCUCAGAGUAUGUAUGUAUAUAAACAACAAUAUUUGCCCAGAUUACAUCUACUGAUAUACUCAAAUUUAAGGAAUUGAGAAACCCACAACUGUAAGAUUUUGUCAUGUGGGAGACCAUUCAGGUGGGGUUCUACCUGGAAGGCAAAACUUAACUGAGACUGGUAAGGAGAGGAUAGGAUGUGGUAAGCCUCAGAACGGAGUACAUAAAUUUAAUAAUUUAAAACCAUUUCCUUUAGGAACUUUACCCCUUUCCUUGCAGAUCAUAAUUUGUUUAUAUUUACAAGAAAAGACUCCAAUAAUUCCCUAUCUCCUCUACCUAAAAAGAGACAAAGCAUUUUUUCCCUUUGGGAGCUGUAAUUUAUUUAAUUUGUUCUUUAAAAUGGGUCCUCAGAAAGUUCCUCUAUAGAGCUUCUCGACAUUGAUUACAUUAGAAGCAGAGAUCAAUUUUCUUUUGUCAUUCCUUUAAGGCAGUGAUGGGGAACCUUUUAGAACCUUCUAGGUAUGGAGUGCAAAGCCCUGAUUCUACCCUGUGCCCCCCCCACCCCAUUGAAUACUGUCAGCCCCUACUUCCCCUCUUACCCCACAUAGGGAAGGGAGAAAACACUCCCAUUGGGUUGAUGGGCAGAGGGAUGGGUGAAGUGAGUAAUGUCCUCAGCAAGUUUAGAGAGGGGGAGGGGAGCAACUCCAACAAUGUCCCUCUCCUUUUCUAGUAACAAAUUCUUGAAGCAUAGGGGGAGGGUGGCCUCAUGUUCACAGAGAUCUCUGUGUGCCAUCUUUGGCAUCUGUGACAUAGGUUUGCCAUUACUGCUCUAGUUCUGUUGUAACUUUUCCUUCAUCCAGUGGUUAGGCUUCAUUAGUGGUUAGGGUCGCUUAGCCUCUGGUCCUUCUUGGUAGUGAGUUAACUUAUUUCCUCUUAGGAUCAGUGGUAGGAUAAGCCCAAAAUUUUCUUACCCUGAGUGGAAAUUUCCCAUGGCACCUAUAUCAGCACCAACCUAAACAUCUGUCAGAGAAAAGUCCUUUGUUAUGGCUCUUUGGUCUAUACCCUUCUCAAGAGAAAUCUCUUCAUUUGCAUGACCACAAGUUUUAAUAGUUGCCCUUCAGAUUUCAUUUCAUGGUCCCUAAAAACUGAGAGUUCUGUCUCUAGCUACUGAAUGAAUUUUAUUUUGACUCUUAUUAGGCUGACAAGAAAGAAAGAAGUUGUUUCAGGUAAACUCUGAUCCAAUCAAAAGAUGCUAAUGGGAUUUCCAAAAGGCAAUGAUGAAUAUAUAAUGGUGUGGGACUAGAAUUCAAGAGAAAUAAUUUGGCUGGAGAGAUCUAUCUAGCUAAGAAGAUAUAUCUAGCCCUAAAGUUUCAUACAUGUAUAGGUAUAGGUAUAUGUAUAUAGAUACAUCUUUCUCUCAAUUGCUAUCUAUUGAUGAGAUAAUUUGUAAAAAGCACUUAGCACAAUGUCUGGCAAAUAGUAGGUGCUACAUUAAUGCCUAUUCUUUCCUUUUCCUUCUUUCCUUCCUUCCAUAUCUAUAGUACAUGCAUACAAAGAUAGAUGAAAGAUAGAUAGAUAUAGACAGAUAUAUAGAUAGAGGCAUAUUUAUGGAACAUAUAACACUGUUAUAUGUAGGCAUGAACUUAGAAUCCUCUCCCCCCCUUUGCAGCUUAUAAAGAGAUUAAACUUUGUGUAGCUCAUCUGAAAAUUUUAAAAGGAGUGAGACUGGCCCAUUUUCAUAUCAUUGGAUUAGGAAAGCAUAUGAAGAUGGGCAGAGACAAUGGAUUAGCCAGGUGAUUUAGGGAAUGCACCCUGAAGAGAACAUUCUAGGAGAGAAUAUUUGUAACUUGAAGUAGGUAUCUUGCUGUUUGGAAGAUGUAGGCCUUAGAGCUGAAAUUAAGGAAUCUGACCUGAGAAUGCUUCUUACUGGUAAUAGGGCUGAUGAUUCUCUACCUAAGAAUUUCAGUUCAGCCACAAACUAGAGGCACCAGAGGCUAGGGCCAACUGCCAAAACAAUAUCCUAAAAAUAAAGGACCCAGUGUGUCUAGUGGUGCACAAUGUGCUGGGAUGGGUUUCAACCAUCAGAAGUAUCUUGGGGAUACUACAACAGGAGAUAAGGGACCCUGCAGUUAAAGUGUGCGUUGUACACCAAACGGUCUUCCUAUCAUGCUAGGUCUUUUGUACUUUCUCACUUUCCACAUUCAGGGUAUUUGUGUACAUAUGGGCCCAAAAUUUAUAGUCAGGGACUUUUCUAUUGUAAAUCUUACUAUGUUAUUCCAGUAAACUUCUUUGCUUUGAACUAAUUAUAUCCUUUAGCUGGCUUUCAAAAGGGAAACACAUUGGUGGGGGCUCAAGACAUAUUGUAGGAGUGGUAGAUUUCACAAAGUACCUUGACCUUGGGGAACCUGUCUGAAAUUGGGAUAAAGCUCAAACAAGGCAAUAUAUACAGACUUGGUAAAUCCUUGUAUAUGGAAUUACUGACCCCAAGGGGACUGAGAUCAUCAAAAACAUGAGUGUAGAGGAUGAAGAGAGGAAGACCCAUGACAGAGGACUUUAAAAAUAAUCAUGCUGAGUAGAUGGGAAAAUGAUAAUGAUCCAGCAAAGAUGACUGAGACAGAAUAAGUCAGACAGGAAGGAAGAAAAGGAGAGAGAGAAGUAAUAUAAAACAAGGAAGAAGAGAUAUCCAGCAGUGUCAAAAGGUACAAAAAAGAUCAAGUAAGUUGAGGAGUUAUUCUGAGUCUUAGAAAUGAGUUUGGAAACAUAUCUUGAAAUGUUAAAAGGAGUGAGGGAGGACAAGGACAUCAGCUAAGAAGGAAAAAAAAAGUCUAGUCUAUAAAGCAAGCCUUCCACAUUUGAACGCAGUUCCAGACACUUCAACAUAGUCAUAAUGGAAUUGGAGAAGUGAAACUAGAAAGCAGGAGAGUGGUUGGAGGGUUACUGUAUGUGGAAGGAUUUAAAAUGAAUAGGACUUCUUAGUCUGGAAAGAUGAAAGCAUAGGAUUAAAAUAUACGACAGAGUAAAAGACAUAAUGAAUUCAGCUUUGUUCAUCAAGUUCUGGUGCACUUGAACCAGGUGGCACCCCAUCAAGCUUGAGAUUUAAAUUUAGGACAAAUUAAGGGAGUAAUACUUUCCUCAAAGAGAAACUGACUUAUGGAAUUCACAUCCCCCCAAAUUGAUACUGGUGAAAAAUUAAAAUAGCUUAAGUAGGUAGAUGAGGGUUUUCCAUAAUAAGCCAUUAUACAGAUAGAAUGUUUUUUAUUGUUGAUGUUUCUUUAUCUGCAAAAUGAGACUGCACUAAAUCAACUAUAAGAUCUUUUCUCUCACACAUUCUAAGAUUCUGGGUCACGGGGGACAAUGAUAGUGCUACAUGUUCAUAGUAUAUUUCUUGUGCCAUUGUUCGGAACAGAAUACAGGCUAGACUAUGGGUCUGACUGUCAAUUUAAUGUUCUUAUUAUGUUCACAAGAAAUUGAAGUAUGAUUUGAUUAUUUGGGUUUGAACACAAUAGGGAACCUUUAGGACAAAAUACUAAGUGGAUAGAAAACAGAACCGACUAAACUGGGCUAGGGGAUCAAAGAAAAAGUUUUAUCCCAAGGGGUAUUUGAGGGCAGUAAAGACCGCCCUGAAUCUGAUGGGUGGCCUAUAAAUACAAUGACCAUCUGUCCUGGAUUUUCUGGGCUGCCAUGAUUUCAGAUAUUUUAUCUCAAUAAAUCAAAUGACAUAUAAGAUAAAUAAGAACCAAACGGUCCCCCAAUCUUUGGCAGAACAGGAGUUCUAAUUUGGGGUUCUGAAAAUAUGGUCAUUGUAUUAUCAUAAGCCAGAAAAAGAACAAGCUUAUGCUAAAGGGCUAUUGGUCAGUAUCCUUGAAAUUUGAUGGGCAAAGAAGCAUAGCAGGAAAGCCCUGGCGAGUGCUCCUAGUGGAGAAGAAAAAGACAUGGGCCUUAAAAGAGAGUGGCAAAAAAGGAUUGCCACCGAGAAUGAACUGAUGAGUUUGGGGGCCUCUGCUAUAUACGAUAGAAAGCUUCCUGGGUAAAUGGGGGAUGCGCUGAGGCUGUUUGGGGAUUCUUCUGCCUUGCAUAAUAUGGGCACGUUUGUGUAUUUUUCAGGUUUUUUUUCCCCCUUCAUUUCUUCUACUUACUCUGGUUCAAGUGUUCCUAUUACUCACAAUUUGGGGACAACGUGGAGUAAAAUGCCUGGGAGUGAUGAGGGUGGGAGAAGGGCUAAGUCUAACAGCAUUCCACCUACAGGUUCCUGUCCAGUUCCUACCCUGGUGGAGGCAGGGAGGUCGGAGGUGGGGAAAACCAGGCUUUGCCCUGGCCCGUAGUUACUAUUAAAGACACAGUAGCCAGCAGCAGCAGCCGGGCAGUCUGUACGUGUGGCAGGCGGAGUGUCUCUGGCUGUCAGCAGUAGCAGAGAGGGGAGGGUCUGCGGCUUGGCGUAGCUGCAGCAGUCUGUGUCGGGCUGUAGUCUCUAUGUGUGAAUGUGUGUAUGUGUGUAAGUGUGGGUGCGUGCGUGCGUGUGUGCAUGCAUGCAUGUGUGUGGAGGGUGUGUGUGUCAAAGAAUGAGUGGCUUCCUGUCUGUCUCUGCGAGCUGGGCUUGCCAUCGCCGGUGAUUACUGUUGUUAUUAUCUCCCGAUCACCAGCACUAGCAGCCCACCACUGUUGGUGGUUCUGGCGGGGGAGGGAGAAAGUGAGACUCAGUGUCAUCACCAGCCUCUGGAUCUAUUGUCAGGAGAGGAAAUUGGAAUCAAACAGCAGCAAGAGGCAGCUGGGCGGUCACAUCUGGGAAUGUAAAAUCAACGUCCCCCUCCUCCGGUCUCACCCUGGAGCACUUCAGAAAGCACUUCUGAGAGCCUCAGCCAGAGGUUUCAUUUUGAACGGAAUAUUUACGAAAACUGGAGGAGAAAGGGGGGUGGGGUGGGCUGGAAACAGAGACUGCUUUUUUUCCAGGGAUUUCUUUCAUGGGGAUGUGUUCAAGGCAAGAGAGAAUUCAGAAGGAUAUCGACAUUGUGAUUCAGAAGUCCAAGGCAGAGAAGGACUGCCUGUUUGCAGAUUUCAGAUACUCAGACUCCACUUUUACUUUCACCUACGUUGGAGGCACCAAAAGUGUAUCCUAUUCAGUACAUGUAUCAGAAGAUUAUCCAGAUAAUACCUAUGUUUCAAGUUCCGACAAUGAUGAAGAUGUGCUAGUUACCACCGAGCCGAUUCCUAUAAUUUUCCAUCGAAUAGCAACAGAAUUAAAAAAACCCAAUGAUAUUCCUUGUUGUUUAUCCAUAAAAUCAAAAUUACAAAAGGAAAAUGGAGAGGAGUCAAGACAAAAUAGUACUGUGGAAGAAGAUUCAGAAGGAGACAAUGAUUCAGAAGAAUUUUAUUAUGGAGGGCAGGUGAACUAUGAUGGGGAACUUCACAAACACCCACAGCUGGAAGCUGAUUUGACAGCAGUGAGAGAAAUAUAUGGGCCUCAUGCAGUUUCUCUCAGGGAAUAUGGAGCUAUUGACGAUGUAGAUAUUGACCUGCAUAUUGAUGUCAGCUUUCUUGAUGAAGAGAUUGCUGUGGCUUGGGACGUGAUUCGUACAGAGCCUAUAAUAGUCCGCCUGCACUGUUCACUUACACAAUAUUUAAAUGGCCCAGUGCCCACUGUAGAUGUGUUUCAGAUUUCUACAAAAGAAAGAUUUGGAUUGGGACAUCAAUUAAAAAAAAUCAUGCAGACAUAUGUUACACAACAGUGGAAACAGAGCAAAGAAAAAUCAAACUGUCCACACAAUAAGAAGCUCUCGGAGAAGAAAGUGAAAUCCCCUCUUCACAUAUUUUCUACCUUGCGCAGGUCGCCGAGUUAUCCUCCCCCCGGAUGUGGUAAAAACAAAGCCAAACUGAAACCCGAGCAAGACGGCAUCUCCAAGACUCAUAAGCUGCUCCGAAGGACUUGUUCCAGCACAGUCAAGGCUGAGGACGUGUGUGGGACCAAGUCCCACCGGACAUUUGGCCGCUCCCUGUCCAGCGACCCCCGCGCUGAGCAGGCGGUGACCAUUAAAUCGCACAAGCUGCUAAGUCGUCCCUGCGCUGCAGCUGUCAAACAGGAAGAGUGCAUCACUCUAAAGCCACAUAAACUAUUGACUCGAUCUUGUUCAGGGGACCCUCGAUGUGAGCACAACAGCACGCUGAAGCCCCACAAACUGCUAAGCAGGUCUUACUCUAGUAACCUGAGAAUGGAGGAACUAGACGGGCUCAAGAAUCACAAGUUACUCAGCAAGUCUCACCCCAGUGCCCCCAAGUCAUCCAAAACCGAGCUUUUCAAGGAACCUAUCGCAGAGGGCAGGAGACUCUCUCUUACCUCAGGGCUUAUUGGUAUCUUAACACCAUCUACAUCUUCAUUGCCCCAGACUGCUCCAAAUUAUAAUGCAAAAUGCAUUCCAGUAAGAGACCGAGGCUUUCUUAUUCAGACAAUUGAAUUUGCCGAGCAGCGGAUACCUGUACUAAAUGAAUACUGUGUAGUAUGUGAUGAACCCCAUGUAUUUCAAAAUGGUCCCAUGUUAAGGCCUACUGUGUGUGAACGUGAGCUUUGUGUAUUUGCUUUCCAAACACUCGGUGUAAUGAAUGAAGCUGCUGAUGAAAUAGCAACUGGGGCUCAGGUGGUAGAUCUGCUUGUGUCCAUGUGUCGUUCUGCUUUGGAAUCCCCCAGGAAAGUGGUUAUUUUUGAGCCAUAUCCAUCUGUAGUAGACCCCAAUGAUCCUCAAAUGCUGGCCUUUAAUCCUAGGAAAAAGAAUUAUGACCGAGUAAUGAAAGCAUUGGAUAGUAUUACAUCUAUUAGAGAAAUGACACAGGCACCAUAUUUGGAAAUCAAGAAGCAGAUGGAUAAACAGGACCCCCUUGCUCAUCCUCUAUUGCAAUGGGUUAUUUCAAGUAAUAGGUCGCAUAUUGUGAAACUGCCAGUUAACCGGCAAUUGAAGUUCAUGCACACUCCCCAUCAAUUCCUCCUUCUCAGCAGUCCACCAGCCAAAGAAUCCAAUUUUAGAGCUGCUAAAAAACUCUUUGGAAGUACCUUUGCAUUUCAUGGCUCCCAUAUUGAAAACUGGCACUCCAUCCUGAGGAAUGGCUUAGUUGUUGCUUCAAAUACACGACUGCAGCUCCAUGGUGCAAUGUAUGGGAGUGGAAUAUAUCUUAGUCCAUUGUCAAGCAUAUCAUUUGGUUACUCAGGGAUGAACAAGAAACAGAAAGUGUCAGCCAAGGAUGAGCCAGCCUCCAGCAGUAAAGGCAGCACUACAUUACAGUUACAGAAAAAAGGACAGCAAUCCCAGUUUUUGCAAAGCCGUAACUUAAAAUGCAUAGCCUUAUGUGAAGUGAUAACAUCACCAGAUCUGCACAAGCAUGGAGAGAUAUGGGUUGUCCCAAACACUGAUCAUGUCUGUACAAGAUUCUUCUUUGUUUAUGAAGAUGGUCAAGUAGGAGAUACAAGCAUUAACACCCAAGAAGGAGGCAUUCACAAAGAGAUUCUCCGGGUAAUUGGUAACCAAACUGCAACUGGCUAAAGGACAACAGUGGUUUCACUAUCAUGAUUCGAAAGCCUUCCUCGGUUUCAAAGCUGGAUUUUGAACUGAAGAAGAUGAAAAAAAAUUGUUAUUAUACACAAAAUUAACCCUUUGAAUACCAAUUUUUCUUAGUAUUUCUAAGUCUCAUUGAAAUACCUAAAAUGGUAUGCAAUUUACCAACUGUAGGGAUAUGGGAUCUAGUAAUAAAAUUCAACAGCACUUAAACAAAAGUUGGGGCUGCUCACAAUAAAAAAGAUUUAAAAAGGAGUUUUGUGCUGAUAUUUUUAUAUUAAACUCUUUAAUUGGACAUUUUGGUAUUAUAUACCGGCAUUUUAAAUUUAGGUUAACCAAAAUAGAACAGAGAGAAUAUUUUCUAAUGGAGCCUACAUCUAUACAGGAUACUUUGCAAUAAGUAUUAUGUUUGUACAUUCUGAUGUACUAUAUUUAUUAGUACUAUGGAGCAUUAGAAUGUCAUGGAAGGGAUGUUACUUAUUCUAGUUUUUUUUUCCUAAUGCAAAAAAUAACUAGGAUUUAGAUACAGUUCCUUGCCAAAAAAGUAAGUAUAUAUGUGUUUUGCAUAUAUAUGCAUAUAUGUGUGUAUACAAAUAUUACUCUACAUAUAUCUAUACAUGCACACACACAUAUAUGUGACCACACUGAUGGUGCAAAUCUAGGAUCUUAUCCUCAUCCUGUAAGAAGACAUAACUUCAUAAUCAGUAAAUCUGGAUCUAAUCAAGAUAUGAGCCAACUCCUAGCCCCUUCAUUGAAAUUAUGGGUAACUUUCCAUUAAAAAUAUUUGUGUACAAUUUUUCUAAUUGCCCUCAUUUUACAUAAUAGGCUAGUGAAAAUAUUGUACCUGUUCAACUUCCAAUAUGCGAAAGUUCAUUAUUUAAAGUUCACCAUUUUGGGGUAUUGAUAAAUUUCUACAUGAACUAAUUACAAUGUUUAAUACUCAAAUUUGAUGGUCAUUUAUUCAAUCAAUUCCUGAAAUUUUUUUCCAUUCCUCCAAUGUGAACGGAAGCAGUGUUGGUCAGUGGGAAAAGGACUGAACUAGAUUUGCAGGAGGCUAGUCUUGGCCCUGUCACUAACUUUCUUUGUGACUGUGGGCAUCAAUUUCCAUGUCCAGAAAAUGGGACCAGGUGGAACUAAAUGAUCCCUAAGGUCUCUUCGAACUCUGACGUUAUAUGAUUCUAUUUUUAAAGUAUUACAAUACUUUUGUGUUAUGUCAGGUUUUUUACAUUUUUCCAUCUAAUAAAACUUAUUUUUUUUCAUAUUGAGAAAGAAGACAUUAAAGCUUCUUUUAUAUUAAAAGAAAGCCAAUAAGUUUAUAAAUUACAGAAUCCAUUCAAACACCAGCUUCUAAAGAGUCACAUGCUUAUGAAAUCAUGCCUCUUUCCCCAUAUCCCAAGGUUGAUGAUGGAGCUUAAUUGACAGUAUUCCAUUUACUGAGGGAUCUUUGUGAAAUUGGGCCAUUCCUGCCAGCACUUACACUGAUGGGACUGCCAUGCAAUUCUGAGCCUGGAAUCAAGGUUUCUAGCUAAUGCUAUUUAUUUCAUUGACAUAAACAUUAAUAUACACCCACCCAGCCCUAUACAUCAACUCUCAAUCAUCUCUAACUCCAAUAUAUCACAAUCUCAUGUGAAAAUAGCCUCUUUGGGGCAUUUAAAUGAUUAGGAAAACCAUCCUCUACAUACAUGAAUUCAAGCAUAAAAACUGUUAAUGAUCAAGUUUGGAAAUAUUGAUCAUUAUGAUAGCAUCUGCUUACACCUGAUUACUGUUGAUCUUUGCAAUUGGAUACCUUUGGAUCCAUGCCUUCUCCGGCUAAGAGUUGCCUUUAGAGGAAGGAGGUCGAAUCCCCAGUGUGAAUGGGUUCAUUUGGGGAGCUUUCUGCAGAGUAAGAGAAGACUCUGCAUGUCUUUACGUAGCCUUUCCAGCUCAUCAAAGAAGUACAUGUUUCACCUACUCAGUCUCUGAGAUAUAUGAAAAGCACUAAAUUAGCAUUGGAAUAAGAUGUACAUUUUGUCGGCCUCCGGAAAAGAAAUCUCAUGAAGUAUAAAAGUAAUUGCCAAGUUAACAAAUGAAGAAAAAAUAGUCAUUAUAUUUAAUGCUAAGCGACUGAACAUCAAUGGAGCAAAAUCUUUCUUUAAUCACAUUAAACAAAAUACAUUCUAAUGAUCUGAGUAAAACAAAAAAAAACCCGAAGCCCUCUCCUAUGUUAGAUGAUGACUUGAGCAGUAUUAUAUUGCAGAUAUGAUUAAUUUCCAGGUUAUUUGUCAAGAUUAGGUACGAGAAUGAUUUAGCUGAAUCUUCCUGGGCAAAGUAUCUAAGCAGAGCUCAUUUUUAAUGAUCAAUUUGCAAACCAUACAUAUGUGGUGACAUUGCUGUCUAAUUGGAAAGAGAGUGCCACAUAAAAUUAUCUGAAUCUAAAUUCAUUUGCAAAAACUUACGGAUUGAGGAGAUAUUGUGACUCAGAAAUCCAGGGGGUUACUUAACACUUUACUAUUCAAGGGGUUAAAUAUUCUGGUUAUUUCUCAACUCAGUAGCCCAAUUUAAAAAUAUUUGUUGAGUACUGACUUGUUCAAUGAUUCUAGAUUUUAAUACUGUACUAGUGUUUUUUCUUAAUCACUUGAAAAUUGUUUACUGAUGCUGUAUAAUAUAUUAAUUUUGUACACAUUGAUACUGAAGAAGAAUCCACUGAACAAGCUAAUAAAUUAUUUUCCUCCUUGAGAUGUGAUCAGGUACAGGAAAUGGAGUAGAAAAGACAAAGACAAGAGCUGAUUUAAACAAUCUUAUUUCUCCUUAACUUCCUAUGUAAACAUUUUACUACUUAAAUGAAUGUCUUUUUAUGACAUCAUUUGUGACAAGGGAAGAAAUAUAUUCAUACAAUAUUUGAAAAGGUUAAAAGUUAAUGAUGUACUUAGAGCCUGUUGACUUAGAGUUGGGCAAUUACAUUUUCAUGAAAAAGGUCUUGGUUUUUGUUUUGUUUGGGUGUUAGUUGGCUUUGGUAAAUUGUUGAUAGAAAUUAAGGGGUUUUUAAAUUAAAAUUUGAGAUAAAUACAUGCAACUUUAAAUCCUUAUUUAUUGUCAAGUAAUUUUGAAUCACUAAGAUGAACCCUGAUGCUCAUUUCACACAGUAGAUACUUGUUCUAAGAAAUUUUAAGAAGUCAUAAAUUCUUCAAUUUUCUUCCCCGCUGGCAAAAGUAAACAACAUUAAACACAUAGAGUGAAGAUUCAUCAUUCGAUGAGUAUGAUUAAAUGGAUUUUAGAAGGUUGAAAUACAAGUACUCUGAUGUUAUUAAAUAUAGUAUGUAUGCCAUGGGGACAGACAAUUUAAGGGACAGCCUUCCUAGUCCCUGUUAAGGAAUUUGGGUGAUUUGCUUAUUCUGUACUUUGAUGUAGCAUAAAUUUGAACUCGACCCCAUGGCUUCAUUCCCCGGAAUGGAAAUUAACGUCAAGUUGCUUCUUUGGGCAUUUUGGAUCUAAUGGCUUAGGAAAUAGUGUAGUGUAAAUCGGUCUCGACUGGACUGAAUGUUUCAUUACAACACUACCUCAGGAUAAAAGAGAGGCCAGUGUUUUGCAGGAACAUGAGGAGGAAAGAGAAUAUAUCGCAAUUUGGAGAAAAUCGUCAGUUGCUUUGUAAUCCAGCCAUUCAUAGGCAAAGUGAGCAUCAACUUUGCCCCUCUUAAACUCUUGAGAGUACAGUAAAAUGUCUGUUUCAGGCAUGUCCCCAAACAGAGAUAUGCUUAAAUCCCAAACUAACGAUCCCCUAGUCGAAUAGCUUUCUACAUCGACUGGUUUUUCAUACACUUGGUGAAACUUCAAGCCCUGUGGAUGAAAAUUAGGAGGAGGAGGAAAGAGGCGACUUGUUUCAGUUUGCCAACUGAAGACUGGAAAUUUGGGGGCAGUUGAUUCCUAGUGAUUUUUAUUUUUUAUCACAAUGUAGAAUUGAUGUAUAUUAUUACCCAGCCAAUAUUUCUUUGAAGUUUUGUAUACAGUAUGAUAUAUUAGGUAUAAGUUUUUGUAGGUCAAAAGAAUUUAAGUAGCUUUUAGACAAAACAUAUCUAGAGUGUGAAAAAAGCUGUGUUGAAGAAUAGAUGACAUUAAACAUUUACCAGCAAGUCAAUAAAAAUAAUCCUGAUACAUUCAACAUAAAUUAAUGUUCUAAAAUUAUUUUUUCAAUUUGCCCAAUAUUUAUUGUAUCUUUUGAGUAAAAAAAAAAUACAGUCAUUCCUUUAUGUAAACAUUAAGGUAUGCCUCUGUUUCUUUAACUAUACAGCCUUCUUGACAAAUUUCUUGAAUUUUGUGCACAAAAUAGUAUUGCAGCCUGCUAUUUAGCCUCUGGUGCCUUAGAGUUAUUAUAAAUAUUUAACAAUAUGUACAUAAUGUAAAUACUGCCAAAAGAUCACUAAGGCCAAAUAUUUUCUCUAUUCACUUUUUACGGCACUUGCUUUCUAUUGCUACUUUAGCCUCUUUUAUCCAGCUUUGUAACAGUUAUAACAUUGUAGCCAAUGUAAAUGUUUACUUUCAAUAAAUCUGAAUUUGUUCAACAA